CCAGUUUCCCUAAUAAAAGAUGGCGGCGUAAGGCACUAUCACGUGACGCCAGGGGCGGCUGUGAGUGGUCAAUCUGGCCCUCGCGAGAGCCGGCGGCUGCUGGAAGCGGAAGUGCUGCGGUUCAUGGCUUCCUCUGUCCGGGGAAGCGGGAGGGAGACUGGAUGUCGGGGAGAGUGACCGGUCACCAUAGCAACGGGCCCAAGCCGCGCAGGCUGAGGGCCCCCCUGGAGGGCCACGGUCCCUAGGAACAGGCGGAGGAGUUCCUGAGGUCGCAGUGACGCAACGUGGCUCAGAGCUGUCACCAUGAACAAGAAGAAAGGAGACAAGGGCUUCGAGAGCCCCCGGCCGUACAAACUGACACACCAGGUUGUCUGCAUCAACAACAUCAAUUUCCAGCGAAAGUCUGUGAUUGGAUUCGUCGAGCUCACAAUAUUUCCCACUGUCGCUAAUUUGAACCGCAUCAAGCUGAACAGCAAACAGUGCAGGAUAUAUCGCGUGAGGGUUAAUGAUCUGGAGGCGGCUUUCAUAUACAAUGACCCCACCUUGGAAGUCUGUCACCACGAGUCCAAACAGCGGAAUCUUAACUAUUUCUCUACUGCAUACGCAGCGGCUGUCAGCGCAGUUGACCCCGACGCAGGAAAUGGAGAACUCUGCAUCAAAGUCCCUUCUGAAUUAUGGAAACACGUUGACGAGUUAAAGGUGCUGAAAGUAUACAUUGAAUUCUCCCUGGACCAGCCGAAGGGUGGCCUCCACUUUGUUGUUCCCAAUGUGGAGGGCAGUAUGGCAGAAAGGGGGGCUCAUGUCUUUUCCUAUGGAUACCAGAAUUCCACCAGGUUUUGGUUUCCCUGCGUGGACUCGUUCUCUGAGCUCUGCACGUGGAAAUUGGAGUUUACAGUCGACGCCUCCAUGGUGGCUGUUUCCAACGGAGACCUGGUGGAGACUAUUUACACCCACGACAUGAGAAAGAAAACCUUUCAUUACACCCUCGCAAUCCCGACUGCAUCGCCCAACAUCUCUCUGGCCGUGGGGCCUUUUGAGAUUCUUGUGGACCCUUACAUGCAUGAGGUGACCCACUUUUGCCUACCCCAGCUGCUUCCGCUGCUGAAGCACACAACCUCCUACCUCCACGAGGUGUUUGAGUUCUAUGAGGAGAUACUGACCUGCCGGUACCCGUACUCCUGCUUCAAGACUGUAUUUGUAGAUGAAGCGUAUUUGGAAGUCACAGCCUAUGCCUCGAUGAGCAUCUUCAGCACAAACCUCCUGCAUAGUGCAAUGAUUAUUGACCAAACGCCGCUGACUAGAAGGUGUCUCGCCCAGGCGCUCUCCCAGCAAUUCUUUGGCUGCUUCAUAUCUAGAAUGUCCUGGUCUGAUGAGUGGGUGCUGAAAGGCAUUUCUGGUUAUAUUUAUGGCCUCUGGAUGAAGAAAACAUUUGGUGUGAAUCAGUAUCGGCACUGGAUCAAAGAAGAGUUGGAUACGAUAGUGGCCUACGAAUUGAAAACGGGCGGUGUGCUCCUGCACCCAAUGUUUUCUGCUGGGAAAGAGAAGGACAACCCGGCUUCCCACCUUCAUUUCUCCAUAAAACACCCGCAUACAUUGUCCUGGGAGUACUACAGCAUGUUCCAGUGUAAGGCUCACCUGGUCAUGAGACUGAUUGAGAAUCGCAUCAGUAUGGAGUUCAUGCUGCAGGUUUUCAACAAGCUUUUAAGCCUGGCCAGCACGGCCUCCUCUCAGAAGUUCCAGUCUCACAUGUGGAGUCAGAUGCUGGUUUCCACAUCUGGCUUUCUGAAAUCCAUAUCCAACGUGUCUGGAAAAGACAUCCAGCCUCUAAUAAAGCAGUGGGUAGACCAGAGCGGAGUGGUGAAGUUUUAUGGCAGCUUUGCUUUUAAUCGAAAACGAAAUGUUUUAGAAUUGGAAAUAAAACAGGACUACACUUCCCUGGGAACGCAGAAAUAUGUGGGCCCCCUCAAAGUGACUGUCCAGGAACUUGACGGAUCUUUUAACCACACCUUACAGAUUGAAGAGAACAGCUUGAAGCAUGACAUUCCCUGUCACUCAAAGAGCAGAAGAAACAAGAAGAAGAAAAUUCCGCUGAUGAAUGGGGAAGAGGUGGACAUGGAUCUUUCUGCAAUGGAUGCCGAUUCCCCGUUACUCUGGAUUAGGAUUGAUCCAGACAUGUCGGUGCUGAGGAAGGUGGAGUUCGAGCAGGCCGAUUUCAUGUGGCAGUAUCAGCUGCGCUACGAGCGGGACGUGGUUGCCCAGGAAGAAUCCAUCCUAGCUCUGGAAAGCUUCCCCACCCCGGCCUCUCGCCUGGCCCUGACUGACAUCCUCGAGCAGGAGCAGUGCUUCUAUAGGGUGCGAAUGAUGGCGUGCUUCUGCCUGGCCAAGAUUGCGAACUCCAUGGUGAGUACGUGGACAGGCCCACCGGCGAUGAAAUCCCUCUUCACGCGCAUGUUUUGCUGCAAGAGCUGCCCAAACAUUGUGAAAACCAACAACUUCAUGAAUUUCCAGAGCUACUUCCUGCAGAAGACUAUGCCGGUGGCUAUGGCUUUGCUGAGAGAUGUUCACAACCUGUGUCCAAAAGAUGUUCUUUGCUUUAUCUUAGACCUUAUUAAAUACAAUGAUAACCGAAAGAACAAGUUUUCAGAUAAUUACUACAGGGCAGAACUCAUUGAUGCUCUUUCCAAUUCCGUGACCCCCGCAGUGAGUGUGAACAAUGAAUCCCGGACACUGGAUAAUCUGAACGCUGAUGUCCGCCUUAUUUUGGAGGAGAUAACUCGCUUUCUCAAUAUGGAGAAACUUCUCCCCAGUUACAGGCAUACUAUAACGGUCAGCUGCUUGCGUGCCAUCCGGGUGCUUCAGAAGAACGGGCAUGUGCCCAGUGACCCGACUGUCUUUAAGUCCUAUGCCGAGUAUGGGCACUUCAUCGAUGUCCGCGUUGCAGCCUUAGAAGCAGUUGUUGACUACACAAAGGUGGACAGAAGCUACGAGGAUUUACAGUGGCUGCUGAAGAUGGCUCAGGAUGACGCUCUGCCAUAUAUAAGGCACAAGAUCUUUUACAUGUUAUCAAAGAACCCACCUUUCACCAAGAACAUGGAGUCUCCGUUGUAUACUGAAACUCUUGUGGACCAACUAUGGAAGCUUAUGAAUUCAGGCACCUCUCAUGAUUGGAGACUGCGGUGCGGCACCAUGGAUCUGUACCACACGCUGUUUGGCCUCAGCAGACCCGCGUGCUUGCCGUUGCCAGAACUCGGAUUAGUCCUUAAUCUGAAAGAGAAGAAAGCUGUGCUGAACCCCACUAUCAUUCCAGAGCCGGUAACCAUCAGCCUGGACCCUCUGCCAAAUGCCAACAUGCACGGACAGGUCGCAGGAUUUCAGAACAACGAGGAAGACUCCAAAGAGACUGUGUCCAUGGCAAUCGCUCAUCUGCAAGGCCUGAAACGGAAAGCAGAGGCUCCUCUUGAGUCAUCUCUGGAACCUGGGCAGGUACUGGAGAAGAAUGAGGACAGCAGUAAAGUGAAACUCAAAAUCAGAUUCUCAAACUCGCAAGAAGAAGAGGAAAUUGACAUGGACACGGUGCAUGACAGCCAGGCAUUCAUAUAUCAUCACUUAAACAUGCUGGAAAGGCCAUCAACACCAGGAAAGGAACAAUCUUCUAUGGAGUUACACAUGCUCUCUGUCCCCCAAAUACCCUUGUCGUCUUUCAUCAAAGAGUCCAGUUCGUCCAAGCACAGCGACCACCACCACCACCAUCACCAUGACCACAAGAAGAAAAAGAAAAAGCACAAACACAAGCAUAAGCACAAACACAAGCACGAAAGCAAAGAAAAAGAGAGGGAGCCCAUGCCGUUUAACAGCCCAGCCAGCGGGAGAUCCAUCCGGUCUCCCUCCCUCUCCGACUGACCAAGAGCAUUCAUGGAACGAGCCGGAAUAAUACUGCCCCAGUGGAGCAGCGGACGUGGGCUAGGUAUAGUGAAAGCGACGCAUUGAAGCUCCAUUGCCACAGUAUACCUGCGCGCAGACAGGACAGCGCAGUCUUCGUUCUGAUGUAGUUUAGUGCUGCGUCUCUCUAACUUGCUGGUGGUCUCUUGGCGUAAGGAUCCAGUACUAGUAAAAGAAACAUUCUUCACUUAUUGCCAGCACAGGAGGAAUCAAAGCCGCCAUUCCAGCACAUUUCCAAAGAACACUUGUGAAUAAGACUAUUGGCUUUGACAAUGUGAGUUGGGGUCUGUUUUUGAUGCCACGGCCCCCAUCUGAAACCUAUUCAAAAAAGUUUUAAGAAAACAUUUUUCAUUCGGUUCUAAACUCUUGUUUCCACGGACUUCUAGCAACCAAGAACGAGGAAGGAUAUUUAUGUGGUUCUGAGGUGCAGACUGCUACUUUUCCCACAUAUUCGUAUGUUUCCAAUAAUGGAAAACUCAGCAGUAUUCCGAUACAAGCCGCCACCACUAACCGCUAUCGAUGAAAUCUGCGUGGCAGGAGCACAUGGAGAGAUACGGUGGUACAUACUGUAGCCAGCAGUCGGCGGUGUUAUAACCCUGCGUGUGGAGGCUGUCUCCUGGUAGCUGCGUCUUGGUUUAAAUAGAAGAUUUUUAUUUUCCUUUUAAAUCGAUAUCCCAUGCAAAACGUUUUUUACAAUUCUAAAUUUUUACCUUUAAAUAAAAUGGAGAAACAAUGGGGAUUGUAUUAUGAUAAUCGUGACAAAACAGUUUGCUAUCGUUUUUUAUUCAUGGAAAAUAAUGCAGAUGCAAAGCAGGAUUUUGCAGGCAUGAACCCAUAUUAAAAAUAACAAAUUAGAGCCAGCAAGAUAUACAUAACCUUUUUGCUUGCGAAAUGUGUUUAUUUGCAGUUUUGUGAGAUCUGCGCCCUUGCUGAAUAUACAGCGGCACAACGUUGCUAAGCGUUGAAACGUCCAUUACACGUCCUUAAACAGAACACUAUUUUCUAUAGAUAGGUAAAGUAUCAUAACACAGAUGGCUGACCGUGAUUCUUCCUCAAUCUCCCCUUUUGAGCCUUGUCAUAACUGUGAAGUCAGUACUGCAGCAUAGUCCAGUUGGGAUCAGUACGAAAUCCCGCUGGACGGGAUUCCGGCGGUCGGAAUACAGACACCGGAAUCCCGACCAGCACAAUCCCGAUGGGGGCGAGCGCAACGCAGCCCCUUGCGGGCACGGUGUCUCGCUUUGCUUGGCACACUAAUUUAUUCUCCCUCUAUGGGUGUCGUGGACACCCACGGAGGGAGAAUAUGUCGGGAUUGUGCCGGUCGAGAUUCCAGUGUCGGUAUUCCGACCACCGGGAUUGCGGCCGGCGGGAUCUUGACCGCAUCCCGUCCAGUGAUACAGCAGCUAAUGUGUUUGUGUUCCGAUACCAGGGAUGGGGCACCCCAGCAAUGCCUUAUAACAUAGGGGCAAAUGUAUGAAGCCUGCAGAAGUGAUAAGGGCAAGAUGAUAACACACCAGCCAAUCAGCUCCUGUCACUUUACAUAUUGGAGCUGAUUGGCUGGUGUGUUAUCACCUUGCACUUAUCACUGCUUUAUCACUUCUCCAGGCUUAAUACAUCUGCCCCAUAAUUACUGAAAACGAGAAUGGUCAAAUCUAAGCCCAAUAAUAAACAAGAGGGGUGUGGUUCAUAGGUUCAACAGUGUCUAGGUCGACCACUAUUGGUCAACAGUAACUAGGUCGACAGCGUCUCUAGGUCGACAUGAGUUUUUCAUUUUUUUAUUUUUAUUUUUUUUUGUCGUUUUCUCCGUACAGUGACGGGGAACCCCAAUUAGUGCACCGUGAUCCCCUCGCAUGGCUCACUUCGCUCGCCAUGCUUCGGGCAAGGUGCCUUGCUCCACUACCGUUGCACUCGGCACAGGUUACCGUUCCCAAUCGUAGUCCUCGUGGAUUGUUACAUAUGAAAAAGUAAAAAAAAAAAAAAGUUUCCAAAAACAACAACUCAUGUCGACCUUUUGACCUGUCGACCUAGAGACCCUGUCGACAUUGACACCAUGUUGACCCAGUUACUGUCGACCAGUAUCGGUCGACCUAAAAAUUGACCUAGAGACCGGAUCCCAAACAAGAGUGUUUAACAUUAGAUAUAUCUAAUAAAUGCUUAUGAAACGCCAUGUUUAUAGUCUUGAAAAUCGUUGUGUAUUAUUACAGGUUGAGUAUUCCAUAUCCAAAUAUUCCGAAAUACGGAAUAUUCCGAAAUACGGAAUUUUUUGAGUGAGAGUGAGAUAGUGAAACCUUUGUUUUCUGAUAGCUCAAUGUACACAAACUUUGUUUAAUACCCAAAAUUAUUAAAGAUAUUGUAUUACAUGACCUUCAGGCUGUGUGUAUAAGGUGUAUAUGACACAUAAAUGAAUUGUGUGAAUGUAGACACACUUUGUUUAAUGCACAAAGUUAUUAAAAAUAUUGGCUAAAAUGACCUUCAGGCUGUGUGUAUAAGGUGUAUAUGAAACAUAAAUGCCUUCUGUGCUUAGACUUAGGUCCCAUUGACAUGAUAUCUCAUUAUGGUAUGCAAUUAUUCCAAAAUACGGAAGAAUCCGAUAUCCAAAAUACUGCUGGUCCCAAGCAUUUUGGAUAAGGGAUACUCAACCUGUAUAAAAAAAAAAAAAUAUUUUAGGCUGUUUCCAUCAUUCGAAUGUGAGUUUCGUUAUUUAUUUAUUUUUUUUGCUUUUUUUUAAAGUUCAAAAUGAGGCUAGAGAUACACAGGUGAAAUGCAGCCUUCAGUCCAAUCACACAAUUAGUGUAUUAAUAUAAUACACUUUCCCUAUUUUGCACAAUGUUGACUUAGGGUCACGUUUAACCGAUGUUAAAAUUGCCUGUGUAGCCCUUUAAUAGAAUUCAACUUAGCAUUUUUAGUUUACAUCAAAUAUACUUUUUAAUUGUUUUAGCAUGUUUAUAUUUAUUUUGCCGUACAAAAGUGAACAUCUUUACAGUAGUCUUUGUAGUGUAGAGUAGCAAUGAAUUGGAUAUUUUUUGUAUAUGCUAAAUUAGUUGCAGGACAGUGUUAAAAAUAUAUAGGUUUCCAUUACAAUAAAGGUGGUCAUUCCGAGUUGUUCACUCGUUGCCGUUUUUCGCAACGGAGCGAUUAGGUGGAAAAUGCACAUGCACAUGGUACACAGCGCGCAUGUGUUCAGUAAUUUAACACAAAACUUUGGAGAUUUGCUCGAGCGACAUUUUUCAGCGCUCGAGUGAUCGUGGUGUGAUUGACAGGAAGUGGGUGUUUCUGGGCAGAAACUGAGCGUUUUCCGGGAGUGUGCUAAAAACGCAGGCGUGCCAGGUAAAAACGCAGGAGUGGCUGGAGAAACGGGGGAGUGGCUGGCCGAACGCAGGGCGUGUUUGUGACGUCAAAGCAGGAACUAAACGGACUGAGGUGAUCGCAAUCUAGGAGUAGGUCUGGAGCUACUCAGAAACUGCAAGGAAUUAUUUAGUAGCAGUUCUGCUAAUCUGUAGUUCGCUAUUCUGCUAAGCAAAGAUACACUCCCAGAGGGCGGCGGCCUAGCGUUUGCAAUGCUGCUAAGAACAACUAGCGAGCGAACAACUCGGAAUGACCACCAAAAUGCAGAGUUCAGCUACGUUCAUUGAAAACCCUCAACUGUUAUUGAUGUCACUUUGUGGUUUUUUUACAAAUUCUUUAGUAACUGUAUAUUUCUAAAUCACACAGAUAUGAUGGCGUUACCUGUACUAAUCACUGGGGUUGCCUCUGUGUCUUACUCUUACUAAUAAGUCAUUUUACCUCUGUGUUCUGCAGAACAGUGUCCUGAGCGAAGCACAAAUAAUUGUUUACACUUGUUGGAUUCUCCCAGAAAUAAAAAUUCAUUAUAAAUUG